ACUUUUCAACUACGCUUCAACUACGAAUUCGUUUCUUAUCAAUGCCCGCUGUAACGCAGUGGACACGCACUUUUAAGUCUUCUGCAUUUCCUGUCCACUGUUUUAUUGUUAUUGGACCAAAUAAUAUAUGAAAUACCAAAGAUGCCUAAAAUGAUCCGAUCCAAACCGUCAAAAGCAAGCAGCAACGACAGUGAUUCUGGCCCGGACGACCCUCUGCCACAGAAGAAGGCGAAGCGAGCCCCAGCCAAGCGGGAAUCAGUGUCGUCGCCUACAGAAGCCGGGGCUCCCGCGGGCGAAGAAAACUCUUGGCCACUCGGGCGCAAUCGGUUCGUGAAAAUGGUCGAGUUUAAGGGUAGAAACUUUGUCAACAUCAGAGAGUAUUAUUCUGCAGGUGGGGAUCUUCGCCCGUCCAAGACGGGCAUCAUGCUCACCCUAGAGCAAUGGGAUGCACUGAAGAAAUGCGUUCCCGAGGUUGAUGAGGCCAUCAAGAGGCACGUCUAGGGCGCCUUUGUUAAACAUCUCAUUUUUGAUUGUUCAUUUUAGUAUAUGUAUAUAUAUAUA